AUGACCUCCUGUUCUACAAUAUCCUUUAAUAAUAUCCCAUUUAUCUCUAUUGAACAAUUUAAAUACCUUGGACUUAACUUAGACAAAUGUCUAAGUUGGAAUCCUCAUACCAGACUUAAACGACAAGAAACCACUCGACGUUUCCGACUACUCCAGCAUUUACUAGGCAAACGCUCUAAGCUUCCAGUUAGUCACAAAAGACUCUUAUACAUGACUACAAUAAGACCUAUUUGGACUUACAGAGUUGAACUUUCGAGCUCCACUAAGCAAUCGAAUUCCUCUCGUAUUCAAUCCUUACAAUCAAAAUCCACCGUAUUCCUCAUCACUGCCUUCCUCGGCCUUGCUUCUGCAGCUCCCCAAUAUGGCUACCACGCUCCAGUUGUCGCCCAUGCUCCAGUAGCUGUCGCUCACGCUCCAGUCGCUUACGCUAGACCCGUCGCUUAUGCUAGACCCGUCGCUUAUGCUAGGCCUGUUGCCUAUGCUAGGCCCUACGCCGCUCCAGUCGCCGUAGCCCAUGCCCCCGUCGCCGUAGCUGCUCCCAGGGUUGAACCAUACGACCCACAUCCAUCAUACGCCUUCUCUUACUCUGUCAACGAUCAUUCUACCGGAGACUCUAAAGGACAACAAGAGACUCGUGACGGAGAUGUCGUACAUGGAAGUUAUUCUCUUGCCGAACCCGACGGUUCCAUCAGGACCGUAGACUACACCGCCGAUCCAGUUAAUGGAUUCAACGCCGUCGUUCACAGAGAAGCAGGAGCACACCCCGCACCAGUAGCAGUCGCUCAUGCUCCAGUCGCCGUAGCUCAUGCUCCGGUCGCUGUAGCACACGCUCCAGCGUAUGGUUAUCAUUAAGCAAUUUAUGUUCACUAAUUACUCCACAUAAGACAAGAGGUCAUAGCCGACUGUAUGUGAUUUAUUAUAAUCCUAUGGAUUAUACGAUUCUAUGUAUUUUGUAUUGAUGAAAUAUUAUACGUUUUUUAAUUAGUUA